AUGCGUGUGGAUGCUGAGGACGGAGAUUCAAGCCCUGUAGAUAUCCCUUUCCUCAAACUGACUGACUUCUUCCGAGUACUCUUGAACCAGCAUGCUCGACUUCUGUUCGGUGGCCUGCCCAAAGGGCAAGAAGCAGAAACCCUGUGUGACACGUUCUGGCAGCGAUUUCAGUACUACCACCCUGAUCAUAUGGUGUAUGAGCAGUACUCGCGGGAGGACCGCCGAAGAAUACUACCAAUUUGCUUUCAUGGGGAUAAGGGCCGCGGCUACCAGAAGUCACCUGUGUUUGUCUUUGAUUGGGAGACCGUUUUUGCUCUUCCAGAAAAGUUUCGGCGAGCUGGAUCCAAGUCAAAACGUGAGGUCGUUGAUCAAAAAAAGAAAGUCUAUGCCGGCCGACUGACUUGGACGUGCUCCCAAAGGGCGGCUGAUUGCGGAAAGCACUGCCCAGAGCCUGCAGUCCCCGAAGGGCACUGCACUGUUGGCUCUGCUGAGACUCCUUUGCUUGAAGCGAUGGGGCACAACGGCAAGGGAAACUCUUUGUUUUCUCGGUACUUGGUGGCAGUUAUACCAAAGAAGGUGUUGUCGCAGAAUGAUGCCAUUGUGCCCACUCUGCUUGCGGAAGUGGCUCAAAACCUGCAGUCUUUGUUUCUUGACGGCAUCAAAGAUCGAGAUGGGAUCACCUAUAGAGCAGCCUUCAUUGGAUGCAAAGGAGACUUCGAGUUUCUUCACCUGGAUGCUGGGUACUUUGACCGAACGUAUCUCAACGAAGGCCGGGUUAACAACCUCCUGAUGUGCCCAGAAUGCUGGGCCGGUCAUAAAGACUUCCCAGCAACAGAUAUGUCAGAUCGGCCGAAAUGGGUUGAUUCCAUGUACAAAGAUGAUCCAUGGAGUUCAGAGCCUCCUUUGAACCUGGCCCCUUAUGCAAGAAGUCGAAAAGCAAGCCUGUACAAACGAGACUGUUUCCACAUGAUCAAAUAUGGUUUCGCCCGAGACCUUUGCGGCAGCAUCCUGUUCUUGCUGAGCUGGCUGGGGUGUUUCGACUUCGAUCAGGCGGAGUCCAAGUCGAUCGACAGUCGCUUGGACAGGGCGCAUGGGUCCCUGGGUUUUUCAGCAUGUGGUGCCUAG